UAUGAGGCAAACGCAGAGCGGCCAUUACACAGCGGGUUUCCCGGGGAAGGUCGGUGGAGCGGCGAGCCACCAAAAUAGACCAACGACAACGUGCUGGUCCCUUCGAGGCGUCCUCGAUCAGUACACCGUCAUCGGAAACCGUAGAGACGGAUGAACGCUCUGAGUCGUCUGUUUCACAGCUGUAACCAACCCACUUCGACACGUUAAUUAAAUAAUACCGGAAAAAAACAGUUUCGGUCCGCUAAGCUAGCUGGAGCGGCCGCCUGUACCGCUAAGCGAAAAUCUAGCUGGCUGGUCAGCGAGCGGAGGGGCUAGACGCAAAUAGCAGCACCGGUCCGGAGGGGGAUAUUAGCAAACGCUGCUGAAUCACAAAACUAACGUCCAGCCUCUAAAAGCCAUAGGGAAGAGUCCGUUUUACCUUUCAAGACGAGCUCGGAAUGGAUGAUAAAGCCUUCACUAAAGAAUUAGACCAGUGGGUCGAACAGCUGAACGAAUGCAAGCAGCUCACGGAGAACCAAGUGCGGACUCUGUGCGAGAAGGCUAAAGAGAUCCUAACUAAGGAGUCAAAUGUGCAGGAGGUGCGCUGCCCCGUCACAGUCUGUGGCGAUGUGCAUGGGCAGUUCCAUGACCUCAUGGAGCUGUUCAGAAUUGGAGGGAAGUCGCCUGACACCAACUACCUGUUUAUGGGCGACUAUGUAGACAGAGGCUACUACUCCGUGGAAACGGUUACACUUCUUGUCGCGCUUAAGGUCCGUUUUCCUGAGCGCAUCACAAUAUUGCGUGGCAAUCAUGAGAGCAGACAGAUUACACAGGUGUAUGGAUUCUAUGAUGAGUGUUUGAGGAAAUACGGCAACGCAAACGUCUGGAAGUACUUCACAGACCUCUUUGACUACCUACCCCUCACAGCCCUGGUUGAUGGACAGAUCUUCUGUCUCCAUGGUGGGUUGUCUCCAUCAAUAGACACACUGGAUCACAUUCGUGCUCUAGAUCGUCUCCAGGAGGUGCCUCAUGAGGGCCCCAUGUGCGAUCUGCUGUGGUCAGAUCCCGAUGACCGUGGAGGCUGGGGGAUCUCUCCUAGGGGUGCUGGUUACACUUUUGGACAAGACAUUUCUGAAACUUUCAACCAUGCCAAUGGUCUUACUCUGGUCUCUCGUGCCCAUCAACUUGUCAUGGAGGGAUACAACUGGUGUCAUGAUAGAAAUGUUGUCACCAUAUUCAGUGCGCCAAACUACUGCUAUCGCUGUGGCAACCAGGCUGCCAUAAUGGAACUGGAUGAUACUCUUAAAUAUUCCUUCCUUCAGUUUGAUCCUGCACCUCGGCGCGGAGAGCCCCACGUCACCCGCCGCACCCCUGAUUACUUCUUAUAAACACACACACUGGCCUGAUGUAGGAACACGACCUCUAAAGCAAACAACAAAACAACAACAAAUCCCGACAUAUAUACAUAUUCAUCCCACCGCGUGUAUAUAUAUGGGGAUGUGUUACGACAUGACAUGAAAGCACUAACAUGGACCAAAAUGUGCCAUACAAGCAUUUAAUGCAGAAAUACAAAUUGCCCUGUGUCUCAGUACUGCUACACAGUGUCCCGUUUAGCCUAUAGUGCAAUUGCCUGCUGUAUACUAUGGAUAGUAAUGUUCUCUUUGUUCUUGAAUUGUACAUUACUCUGAGCAAAAAAGUGAUAUUUAGCUUUUCCCCCCUUCGGUAUCACUGGACAAAAUGAUGUACUUUAAGUUGGCAAUGCCAGGCAUGUGAAAUAAGGUAACAUUUUAUACCAGUGCACAAGCUUACAUCCUUUCCUGUCUUCACCAAAAAAGAAACACUAUGCUAUUGGGAAUGAAUGCUUAAUCUGAGGGAGAAGCCUCUUCCUUUUUGGGAGUGUAUGCUUUCAUGUAUAUGAAGCCCUAUCUUAACUCAACUGUUCCCCCUUUGUCUAAUCUUACCAUUUUUUGUGUUUACUGUCUUUUCCGUGUAUUUGUCAUGAAGUGAUUGCCUCUUCUUUGGUGUAUUUGAACUAAUAAAGUACUUUUAAUCGCAACCUA